AUGGUGGAGUUCUACGUGGGCUGGAUGGGCCGCAUGGGGGGGUGCCUGAGCCACGUGCGCAUCGGGAGCAGCCUCAUCGACCUCCAGGCCUACGACUCGCCCCUCAGCCACAAGCUCCACGCGGGUGGCUCGGGACUGCCGGAGGGGGCUCCCGCGCCCCCCAUGGACCCCGAGGCGGGCACUCUCGACCACUUUGCCAUCAGCGUGGGCUCGUAUAACCCUGCUGCGUUGCGCGAGUACCUCACGAGCAAGGGCUUCCCCCCCUUCGCAGAGGGCCAGCGUUACGGUGCAGACGGGGACGGGUAUUCGACCUAUGUUCGGGAUCCAGAGGGCAACAUCGUGGAGUUGAAGCACUUCCCGGACGACAGCUGGAGCGCGGGCUACCAAGGCUCCCCCCGCACGUGCCCGGACGAGACGGUGUCCACGAGCUCCUCGAGCCGGCGCCACCCUUGCCGAUGCUCCACGCCCACGCCCGGGCCCCACGCAGGCUGCAUCUGUCAGGCGGCAGAGGCGCACGCGAGGCUCGGCGGCCUCGGGGCGCGCGCCCCCGCGAGGGGGCACCCCCGGCAGCCCCUGCCAGAGAUCUUCGCGCUGUACUCCUCGCCGAUGGGCCAGGACGCGCUGAACGUCCACAAGGAGGUCAGGGUGAUCCACGACGCUCUCGACCAGUCAGGCUCCGGCGUCCGGCUGCGGGUGGGCGCGGCCACGCUCGAGAGCCUCACCAGCCUGCUGACCCUGGCCCGCAGCGGCACCCGCAGGGGCCUCGCGCUCCACCUGUCGGCGCACGCCCACAAGGACGAGACGCGGGGCGUCGGGCUCAUGCUGGAGGACGAGUUCGGGGUGGGCCACCUGUACUACAGGGAUCAGCUGGAGGACCCUGGGGAGCAGGGGCUCGCGGCCGAGGCCUUCGCGGUGCCGGCGUGA